CUGAAGGAAGACUAAGCCACUUCCUUUUUUCCCCCUCUUCCAGCCGGGGCCUGCAUGCCUUGACAUAAAGAGUACCUGGACUUCCAUCCUCCACCCCCAUUUAGGAGACUUGGAAGAAGAGGCUUUUGGUAGCACAGGCCAAAGGAAAUACUUCAUGGAUGCAGACUUGAGCCUCUGCUUCCAAUCUCCUCCCUUCCUUGAAUGGCUCAAGCCACCGUCCUCCUCCUCCUCCUCUCCUCCUCCUCCUCAGCCUCACCACUAGCACCAGAAUGCUUGCCUCUUUUGAGUAGGCUUGAAGAGCCUAAGAAGACCAUUGAGGAAGAAGAUGUCAUUAUUGCAAAGGAUAUCAGUCAAGAAAAGAUCACCGUGGCCUUGAACAUUGGACUGCCAGGUGCUUCAGGAGAGCUUGAUGAAGGGACCAAACCUUUGAACUGCAAGAAAGAAGAAGAAGAGGAGGAGGAGGAGGAGAUGGAGAGCUCGCAAGAUUGGGAUUCGGGCAGUGGAAAAAGGUUUUGGAUCCCCACGCCAGCUCAGAUCCUCGUAGGGCCAGUGCAGUUCUCUUGCACUGUGUGCAAUAAGAGCUUCAGUAGGUACAACAAUAUGCAGAUGCAAUGUGGGGGCAUGGAUCAGAGUAUAGAAAGGGACCAGAUUCACUUAAAGGCACACAUCCGAUGGCAGUGCUCAAGCUUCCUUGUUACUGUUGUGCUCAUGGAUGCAAGAACAACAUUAAUCACCCCCGAGCGAAGCCAUUAAAGGACUUCAGAACUCUUCAGACUCACUACAAGAGAAAGCAUGGAUUGAAGACCUUCAAAUGUAGGAAGUGCGGGAAGCCAUUUGCUGUUAGAGGAGAUUGGAGGACCCAUGAGAAGAACUGUGGGAAGCUGUGGUUUUGUAACUGUGGGUCUGAUUUCAAACACAAAAGAUCGCUCAAUGAUCAUAUAAGAUCAUUUGGAAACGGUCACUCUCAUUACCUUCCUCCAAAGAUUCCUGAGGUAGAGAAGGAAUGCAUCAUAAGGUUCGAUGCUGAAGUGUUUGCAGGAAAACACCGUUCCACCGCACUAAACUAACAUGAAAGUUCAAAGAUAUUAAGCUUUUCUAGUGCUCGGUAACAAAAAACUCUUGAGAUGUCUUUUCAUUAGAAGACACAAGGAGUGGUUUGUUGUUGAGCACUAGAAUAGUGAUGAGUGCUAGUAUAUUUACA